GAUUUCUGAAACGUAUUUAUUAAAAAUUAUAUUUAGGGGACUUCCCUGGUGGCUCAGCGGUUAAGAAUCCGCCUGCCGAUGCAGGGGACACGGGUUCAAUCCCUGGUCCGGGAAGAUCCCACGUGCCGCACAGCAACUAAGCCCGUGCACCACAACUACUGAGCCUGAGCUCUGGAGCCCAUGAGCCACAACUGCUGAGCCUGCAUGCCACAACCACUGAAGCCUGCUUGCCUAGAACCUGUGCUUUGCAACAAGAGAAGCCACUGCAGUGAGAAGCCUGCACACCGCAAGGAAGAGUAGCCCCCGUUCGCUGCAACUAGAGAAAGCCCGUGCGCAGCAACGGAGACCCAAUGUAGCCAAAAAUAAAUUAAUUAAAAAAAAAAAAAGACUGAGUGACAGCAUCCGAAGAAGCCUGGCAUUGAGAGAGACCCUUGGUUCCUGGGGAACUGACAAUACUUCAGCCUUUCUAUCUGGAGCCUGGAGGGAGCAAUGGGGGAGGAGGAGGAAGUGUGGAAUUGGAAACACUGGAAAGGAACAAAAAGCUUCAGAGCAGGCAAAGGAACAAAGAAGUACAAGGAGAUGUACGCCAACACUUCACAUGUUGGUGCCACCCGACACAACCUCUCAAUUAGCAGAUGCCACAGGGAGAAGACAGCCAUUUGCAAGCCAGGAAGAGAGCUCUCCCCAGUACAUGAACAUGCUGGCACCUUAUCUUGGACUUCCAGGCUCCAGAACUGUGACAAAAUUAAUUUCGGUUUUUUAAGCUACCCGGUCUAUGAUAUUUUGUUAUGGCAGCCCGGCCUAAGGAAGGCAUCAAUAACAUUCACAGAAAUAAACUUCUAAAAGUUUUUACAA